UAAAUAUGUUCCUUGCACUCGGUAUUGGUUGCGUUCGUGUACUGUUUGUAAAAACAAACAUUUCAAAAUUCAUAAUAGUUGCUUUCAUCAAAUAAAAUUGCAACAUAAGCCUCGUAUUGUAAAGAAUAUCGUCUAAUAUAAUAUGAUAUAAAGUCCAUUUGCUUAACAAUGGGUGAACUUAUUGAAUUCACGACGUUGGCCCAUCAUCAACGCAGGUUUUAUAAAAUAACAAGCAGUAGUAUAGCAUUUUCUUUAAAAGUCGAGAGACAAAUCAGAAAUUACAUGUGCGCAGACCGGCCUGCAGCAAUAGGCCUGGCUCAGAAAUCGGACAGCACGUGUAUAGACUAUUGGAUAGUGAUAAAACGAAAUCAAUGUUGGAUAGAGAGAGAUGAAGUACGAGUGGGUAAUACUAAACAGUUGCCUAACUUUUCUGAGAGAAACAAAUACACUAAGUACUGGAUUUCGUGGCAUAACUCUCGGUUACAAUUUGGUCUAACCAGUGAUGGAGUCCCUAUAAUAUCAAAGCGAACUCUAGGACCAAAUAAUAUCCAAUAUGUGACAUUUGAUAUUUUUGCUGACAGAGGAUCACUUCAGUGGAAACUAUUUUUGCCACCACCAAAAGAACAAGCACCUCUUGUUAAAAGGAUCACAGGGGGUGAAUUGCAUUGGGUGGAAUGGGAUGGAAAACUUCCUGAAGAUGCUUUGAUCGGAGGAUAUGGAAAAGAAAUAUUGUAUAUAAUAAGGUGGAAGUAUGACAAUUCAUUAAUACUAGGCAACUAUGCACAUUCAAAGGAAUCGAUUUAUCUGCCAUUGCCUAAUGGAAAUCUUGAAACAAAGUUUGAGAUUCUCUGUGGAUAUAAUUGCAUUUGGGUACCUACCGUCAAAAACCAUAUACCAAUAGGGGCAGUAGAGGGUGGAUUUGAUGAUGUAAGCAAAGAAAAACUUUAUAUUGGACGUGCAGUUGUAGAAGAUAAACUAAUACCAGGGAAAGUGCAGCCAUCAGAUUCAGCGUGCAGUGUAACUUACAAUAUGGAACAAAACUAUGUACAUCGAUAUGAAAUUUUAGUUGAUUUAAAUUUACUGAAGGACAAUUCAGAUCUAGGUCGAUUGUCUAUUUUAGGAAAAAUAUCAGACAACUGUUCCCAGGACAGUGAACUCAGUGAUUAUGAGGAUAUUAAUAAUUAUGGAAGUUCAGAUUCGGAAUUGUAAGUUAAAAGGUCUAAGCGGUUUAAGGACGGGCCAAAUUCACAACAUUUUUGUAACAUUUAUGCAGUGUUACCAACUCUCCAAAAUAUUUAUCCCUAAAGUUUGUGUCAAAAACUCCUAAAAUCGCCUUAAUUUUUGAGUUGUCCCCCUAAAAAAUAUAAAUUCAUAAUAAUUUAGAAAUGACAUGCUGUAAUAUGUUUCAAAAGUCUAUGUUUAUUACAGACAAAAUAUUACGUCUUUAUCUGAAGAUUCAGAUUUUUUGAAAUCAUACAAAAUCAAACAAAAAAAUGUUAAAUUUAUUCAGUGUCAUCAUACACUGAAUAAAUUUAACAUUUUUUUUUUAUUCGAUGAAAAUUGCCGCCAGUUGCCUGAGAGUGGUUGUAGAAUAACGUAUAUAUGUCGUUAUAAGUCGCUAGGUCAAGAAAGAAAUAUUAAAAUUAUCAUCAAUUUAAAAAUAUUAAAGAGUCAAAAAAUCCCUGAAAAUACCCCUAAAAAAAGUCGGGGGAAAACCCCUAAGUUGGGAACCCUGCAUUUAUGUAUUCCAAUCCAAUUACAAACGCCCAUCGGCGUGAUCAGCAUUUCCAUUGGUGCAACUAUAUCAUCUGUGGCCAGUGGCGUAUUCAUUGGAUGGGCCCCAGAAAAUUGUUUUUUUUACUGACUUCAAAAAUAGGCGGUGUAUUUAAUUAAAAAAAUACAGCCGCACAUGGGAUGUGUUUAUUAGUGUGUAAAAACUACACGUGUGUGUAUUGCGAAUCAAGUUUAUACUUAUGUGUAGUUUAUGGACACAAAAUACAUUUAUUGGUGUGAAAUAUUUUCGAUGUAUGAGUUUACCCCACAUAGGCAAUAAACGACAGACAAUUCUGAUGGUAAAUUUGGGUGCAGACCAUACAAUUUGGUCUGAGUACAUAACCUCGUAUAACAGCCUUCCUCAAUAAUGGACAAUUCAACACAAUAAUAAUGUUUAUAUAAAAAUACAUAUUUUGUUGCCUUUUAUCAAAACCAAUUGAUUUGCUAAUAUUUUCGACGGCCGCGUGGCAAAGUACUCGUAAUAUCGCUUUCUACAUCCCCGGCCGUGGGUUCGAUUCCUACACUUACACUUACACACAUCACAACACGCCAGUUAUGCAAGCACGCAUGCAUGCUUGUACAUAGUACAAGAUGAUAAAGCACCUUGAUAAACCCAUCACCUUGUUGUGUGUACUUGUGUGUUUACUUGCCCAUUCAAUGCCGCUUUGAAUAGAAACGUGUAAACGCAGCACAAAACAGAUGGCGGCGUUUUUAUUUUGUAGUAAUGCCUACCUUACUAAUAAUUAACCUAUCUCAACUUUUGUGUUGCAAUGUAAGUUUUUAUAAUUUUGUAUUUUUUUAUGUUAAUUUCGUGCAGGGAAAAAAAUGUAUUCCUUUAAAAUAAGGACUGCAUAAAAAUAAUGUAUACACGAUACCUAAGUACACCCUUAAGGGCCGGACGGUAUUUCCUAUAACACACUGUAUAUUUUAUUCUGAGGUAAAUAUAUAUUUUAUUGCACAUUUAAAUAAAACGUUCUCAAAACGUUUUUAGGAAAUUUUUCAUUGCUUAUUCCCACAUUUUUUGGCCGCGCCUAACAUCUGGAUCGGGCCUACUGGGCCUUAGGCCUAGUUCGGACUACUUCAGUAUUUUAGUAGUAGUAACAAUUUUCGGAUUUUUCCCAAAAAUUGUUCGUACUCGUCUGUACGGCCUAUCAGGGUAAAUCCGCCACUGGCUAUUACGCAAUAACUUCUGAUUAUUUAUUGGUCAUUUUAAGUGUAUACCGUUCAUAGGUAGGUACUUGUUGGUAGUCCCUAAGAGAAGACGGCAUUUGUGGCGCAGUGGUAUGCGCGGUGGAUUUACAAGACGGAGGUCCUGGGUUCGACCCCCGGCUGGGCUGAUUGUGGUUUUCUUAAUUGGUCCAAGUCUAGCUGUUGGGAGGUUUCGGCCUUGGCUAGUUACCACUCUACCGGCAAAAAAUGUCCCGCCAAGCGAUUUAGCGUUCCGGUACAAUAUCGUGAAAUGGGUGUGGAUUGUCAUCCUACGCCUAACAAGUUAGCCCGCUACCAUCUUAGAGUGCAUCAUCACUUACCAUCAGGUGAGAUUCCAGUUAAGGGCUAACUUUUAAA